AUUUUAAACAAUGUGUCACUGCAUAAUUCAUUUUUUUAUAUGAAUUUGGUUAAGAGCGAGUCUUUCAGACGAACCACGAUACUCUAAUUUGUUUUUACAAAUACCUUAUGGGCAAUUUGUGUACAUGAACUGUUGACGAUACGAUCACCAUCACACAAGACAGUUUAUAGUAUGACGUCAUUAGUUUAUGAAGCAUGGACAACACACAUUUGACAGUGUUGAUUUUGUGUGGAUGCAUUUGGAGGUUUUGGCAAAUGAGCAUCUGGCAUUAUCUAAUCUGCAACGAGUUCAACAAUCAUGAUACAUUGACAAUAUUUUUCUGUCAGUUUUGUUGAUGUCAUGAUGCAUCAUGGUGAAUUCCUACUUGGAACGGAGCAGUAAAAAAAAAAAGGAAAGUUUCUAAUAUGAUAGCCAGUAUACUGAUGAUGGAGCUUAUAAUGGAUUUGAUAGUUUUGAGAUCUAACAACAUCCUGUUGACUUAAUAUUUAUUAAUGAAUACAGUGGUUAGUGUACUAUCAACCAGUCAGUUUCCUUGUCACCAAAUUGGAAUUGGGAACAUUUAACGACAGGAUAUGAACAGUGGAAGGCAUAUUCACAGCUUUUCCUUUUGGAUGCUAUGACGAUAGGUGCUAUUAGUAUGAGUUUUAGGAGAACGAGAAGGAGCCUUAGCCUCCGUUUGCGGCGAAAUACCAAGUGCUUAAGUGAAUGCGGGCUAGAUUCAUUUGUAAAUAGUCAAGAAUGGACUUUGAGCAGAACUGUUCCAGAGUUGAAAGUGGGUGUGAUAGGGAGUACUUGCAGUGGGAAGUCAGCACUUGUCCAUCGCUACCUCACCGGCUCUUACAUGCAAGAAGAAUCACCUGAAGGUGGAAGAUUCAAAAAGGAGAUCGUCGUCGAUGGACAGAGUUACCUAUUACUAAUACGAGAUGAAGGAGGUCCUCCGGAACUACAAUUCUGUUCCUGGGUGGAUGCUGUCAUUUUGGUGUUUAGUGUCGAAGAUGAGACAAGUUUUAAUAUGCUGUAUCAUUAUUAUGCCAAAAUUGCCCAUCAUAGAAAUACUGCUGAGUUGCCUAUGAUACUUGUCGGCACACAAGAUGCCGUGAACGAAACGAGUCCAAGACUUAUUGAUGAUAAUCGUGCAAAAAAGUUAUCACACGACCUUAAGCGAUGUCCUUUUUAUGAAACAUGUGCAAUGUAUGGCCUAAAUGUAGAUAGAGUCUUUAAUGAAAUUGCUCAGAGAAUUACCGAUAAGCGAAGUUGCACGCACAUACCAACUGCAUUAACCCAUAAUAGCAACUCCGUACCUAGUACACCUCAGGCAACACGUAGCAACAACUUUGUGAUACCAGGUUCACUACACGUGCAUCAAGGUGGGCCUGGAAGCAGCUCAAGUAGCACACAGUCAAUUACGCAGCCUAGCCAGUACCCAGUGCAGCAACAGCAGCAGCCUCAACUGCCGGUAACACCGACCGGUCAUCCGCGACGGGACAUAACAAAGGAUUUCACACGAGAUCCACAGCUCCCCAGUCCAAGCAGUACACCAAAUGUUUUGAGGCGACCACGGCGGAAACAAACUAGUGGGAUUUUUACAGUAAUGCCAAAGAGUAGUAAAGGUGGAGAUGUUAAGCAUACACAGCCUGACAAGUUAGGUAGUGGCAGAGCUAUUCCAAUUAAACAGGGCUGGUUAUACAAACGGAGCAAUAAAGCCUUAAACAAAGAAUGGAAGAAAAAAUAUGUGGCUUUAAAUAGCGACGGACAAUUAACAUAUCAUUCCACAAUAAACGAUUACAUGAAUGAUUCCCAUGGGAAGGAUAUUCGACUAAUGAAGACAACAGUGAAAGUACCCGGAAGAAGGCCACAACUUGCAAGGGGAUCAACCACAAAUAAUAACAAGCUGGGGUCUGCGGCCAAUGAUGUCACCAAUGACAUGAAGCAUAUGUCCCUAGUCCACCCAAAUCACAGUGCAAUCGCAAGGGAAGGUUCUUUAUCUUCUCACAGGCCAGAUCUAACACCAAACCAAUCCAAGUCCAGCUCACUUCCUAGAGACAUGGGCUUUGAAGCUGUUAUCAUCUCCAACUCCUCCGUCACGCCAGGAAGUGGCCUGAGUAGUGCAAAGGACAAGAAGAAGCAUAAACGUAUGCGUAGUGUCGGUGGCUCUAAAAAUGCAAAUAAUGAUUACGAUGAAUCUGAAGAAUAUGAAUUCCACAUAGUUUCUCUUGUUAAUAAGCAGUGGUAUUUUGCGGCUUCAAGUUCAGAGGAGCGGGAUGAAUGGGUACAGGCAAUCGAGGCCCAGAUCAUGAUCAGUCUACAAGGCAACAUGAGUUCAAAGUGUAAAGAUCAAAUUGUGACACAGGAGAAGGCAGCAGUAAUUCAAGAAAUCAGGAAAAUACCAGGCAAUGGCUUUUGUGCUGAUUGUGAAGAUGCUAAUCCAGAUUGGGCUAGCAUCAAUUUAGGUGCCCUCAUAUGCAUUGAGUGUUCUGGUAUCCAUAGGAACUUGGGAACGCAUGUGUCAAAGGUCAGAUCCUUAGACCUCGAUGAUUGGCCGGCGGAGCUCCUUUGUGUAAUGAUGUGUAUUGGCAACACCAUGGUAAACAACAUAUGGGAAGUGUCACUGAAUAGUCGAACAAAACCAAAUUCCAAUUCCAACCGAGAAGAGAAGGAGCGUUGGAUCAGGUCCAAAUAUGAACGUAAAGAAUAUCUUGCUCCCAUACCCAACCCAGAAAAACGCAUUGGACAGCAACUUUUGGAGGCAGUCACAAUAGAAGAGAUUCGGUUAGUAAUCCUUUUGCUAGCCCAGGCAACGCCCUUGGAUGUGAACCACAGGUAUGGAGAAGGUGAUGGCCGCUCAGCUCUGCACCUCAGCUGUGCUUUGGCUAAUGUUGUCCUAACGCAGCUUCUUAUAUGGUAUAAUGCCGACGUUACUGCUGUUGAUGCUGAUGGUAGAACUGCUCUUGUGUAUGCACGAAGCGUCGGUGCAGAAGAUUGCGUCAAAGUCUUACUGAAUAAUGGCUGCCCAGACGACUACCCGAAAGCUGCUAGUAACGGAUCUCUACAUCACGGCAGUCGUUCCCCAAAUAAAAAUGUCAUUGACAAAUUGCCAGCAAGUGUCAUUUGAAAUGUGUUUCAAAUUCGAUGACAAAAUACAAUUCUAGUGUCGCUGUAGAGAAAAAAACCAUAAAUGAUGCGAAUUGUGCGAGUAUACACUAGAAAAUAAUAAGCCUAAUGUUGACUCUGACAUUGUUUAUCGAUAUAUGUCAAUGGGCCAGCUAGUAAUUGCCAUACAGUAUUUAUCAAUGUUUACCAUAGCUGAGAGUGUUAGGUAAACCAGCAAUUACGAGUCAAUGUUACGCUGCAGGUGAUGAGUACUGUAGCCAGUACUAUGUGAGGAAUGAAUUGUAUGGUGUAAAAGAACACUUGAAAGAUAUUGUGUUCUAUAAAUUCAACAUUCAGAAUCAUUCUGGGCCGUUUAGUAUCGGUUUUUACAAUAUUCCUAUGGAUGUAUUCAUUCAUCUCUAUUCCAAAUCAGUAAUCAACAAUUUAGAAAAUGACGGAUGGAUAAUUUGAGUUUGUGUCUUCAACUAAUCAGUGACGUAAGCAGCAAAUGAUGCAGACUUAUAGUUAAACACAACAACUAGAGUGCUCUGGAGGUGUGUUUGGUCUUAUACACAACUAUAAGCCAAGGAUAUAUACUCAACAAACGUCUGUUGAGUAAUAAAUUGGUUUUAAUGAAAAGAAGGACGAAGUUCGUUCUAUUUGGGUUGUAGCGGGGUACAUCAAAAAAUUGAUAUAAUUAAUAAUUAAUUACAAAUUGAUAUAUAAUAAUCAAAAUUUGUCAAUGAAAAUAAUUAAUUGAUUGAUAAUGUUAAUUACUGUGUGUGACAUCAUCAAUUGUUAAAAAUAUAUGGCUUCCCAUUGGUUGAAAUAUUAAACAUUACAGGCUGAAAUAUAUUUCAGACAAUAUU